GUGUAGUUAUAAAUCGCUCACAAAAUAGCAUUCGCUUAUCGAACAUGUUGAAAAUGCUCUCAGUGAGCGGGAGUGUUGAGGAAAUAUUUAUUUAACUGCAACAACGUUGCACAAUGGUUGUGUCUCACGAACGUACCCAUUUUUAUUUUCACUACAUUGUACAAUACGUAGUCACUGGAUCAAUCGUACAAAUUAAUCGCAUAACCUAUCAGAAUAAACAUUUAAGGUACUUAAAUCAUGAGAGAGAUGCACAAAGUAUACAUAUAUAUAUGUGAAAAAAAUUCUUUUGGUAUUUAUGUAGGAAAUAUUUUCUCUGAAAGUUAAGCACAUUUCAUACUGUGCGUUUCUGUCGAUUGCGCGAUUCGACGCGCGGUCGAGGCGCGACGAAUGAGAUUUGGAUCGGCGUUAUCGCACUUAUCGUUUCGUGGUAGCGCCGUGAUGUAACGUUAUAUACGUAAUGUUGAGGCAUAUCAUAUUGACACCGGCAGUACGAGAGUAGCAGCAACGAUUACUACGAGCGUAGUGCAUGUUCGGCGUCAUGAACGGGGGUUUGCUAUCGAGAAGAACCACCUGACGUUCGCUGCGCGAUUCAUUGCUCGUCGCUUGCCAACACUCGCGACGGCUUCACGGUGAUGCACCACCGCCUGUCUCGCGCGUCGUGUCCCGUGAAAGCUUCCUAAGUAGGCAAGAAUAAUGAUGAUAACGACGAUGGUGCCGCGCGAUCGUCGUACUCGUGCAUCUCGACAGUGAGGAUCGGCAACGAGAUCGUCACGACGAUGGUGCUAAUGACGCCGCGAGUGCGACAUAACGAGCGAGCGCAACGUGGAACUGUUGUCGCAGCCUGAGUAUCGUACACACGCGCGCGCGCUGCGAGUCGCGCUUGCACUCCGAUUCUAAGCGCCGGGAUCGCCGUCGAACCGUCGUCCGCUGGAUACAAGCAUUCUGGACAUAAUGGCAGCUCACAAGACGGGCGGGCAGAGCGCCCGUAAAAAAGUACAGGUAUCUAUGGUUAUAAGAGACGAGGUGGAAAAGCAGCACAGAGCUGGUGUUAAUUCUCUGCAGUAUGAUCCAGCUCUGCACAGGCUAUAUUCUGCUGGUAGAGACAGCAUUAUAAGGAUAUGGAACUGUAAGAAUAUGAAGGAACCAUACAUACAAUCUAUGGAACAUCAUACAGAUUGGGUGAAUGAUAUAGUAUUAUGUUGCGGUGGCAAGAAUCUUAUAUCCGCGAGUUCCGACACAACUGUAAAGGUAUGGAAUGCGCAUAAAGGUUUUUGCAUGUCGACGUUGCGUACGCACAAGGACUAUGUCAAAGCACUAGCGUAUGCUAAAGAUAGAGAGCAGGUUGCUAGUGCGGGUCUAGACAAGUCAAUAUUUUUGUGGGAUGUUAAUACGCUAACUGCUCUUACUGCGAGCAAUAAUACAGUGACGACUUCAUCCCUGAGUGGGAAUAGAGAUUCCAUCUAUAGUCUUGCCAUGAAUCAGACCGGCACGAUCAUCGUGAGUGGUAGCACGGAGAAGGUUCUUCGAGUGUGGGAUCCACGAUAUUGUACCAAACUCAUGAAGCUUCGCGGUCAUACGGACAAUAUUAAGGCGCUAGUCCUGAAUAGGGAUGGCACGCAGUGCUUAUCAGCGAGUUCCGAUGGCACUAUCAAACUGUGGUCACUCGGUCAACAGAGAUGUAUCCAGACAUUCAGAGUUCACAAAGAAGGAGUAUGGGCGUUAUUGGCAACAGACAAUUUUAGCUACGUAAUAUCCGGCGGUAGGGAUAAAAGAGUAGUAAUGACAGAAUUACAGGGAUACGCUACAGAGAAAUACACAGUUAUCUGCGAGGAGAAGGCACCUAUACUCAAGAUGGCUAUGACGCCGGAUCAAUCUAGCAUUUGGGUUGCGACCAGCGAGUCGACAAUUAAUAAUUGGUCUAUAAGCCAAAAGGAUUGGCAAGAAUUAGGAAUCGGGGAUUAUUGUGAUUCCGCUAGUAACGUGUCAGGCAAUAUCCUAAGAAACACUGAACCUGCACAAAAGAUCCUAGGUGGUCCUGCUAUAAGACACUAUCAUAUACUAAACGAUAAAAGACACGUCUUGACGAAAGAUACAGAAGAAAAUGUUGCACUAUAUGAUGUAUUAAAGGCUUGUAAAGUAGAAGAUUUAGGUAGAGUCGACUUCGAACAGGAGUGCAAAAAGAGAAAUAAAAUGGUUUAUGUUCCAAACUGGUUUAAUGUUGAUCUCAAGACAGGGAUGUUAACCAUACAUUUAGGACAAGACGAAAAUGACUGUUUCUCCGCGUGGGUUUCUACUAAGGAAACUGGCCUAGCAGAUAACGAUGCUGUAGAUCAGAAAGUGAAUUAUGGAAACCUCUUGUUACAAGCGUUGCUUGAACAUUGGUGGAGACCGCUGCACGCUGAUGACGAGAACGAGGGUAAUGGCAAUGACGGAAACGGUCCCAUACAUACGAGAGGAGGAAAUACAUACUUUUCAGUACCUAAUCAUACACCCGUCAUCUUCAGUGAAGUGGGAGGCAGAACGCUUUACCGAUUAUUAGUUCGAGACGCCGCAGGUGAAACUGAGGGUGUCCUUUUGAACGAGACGGUACCACCAUGGGUGGUGAACAUCGUUGUGGACAAGAAUCUUCCGCAGUUCAUUAAAAUACCCUUCUAUCUUCUUCCACAUGCAUCCUCGGGUGUAAAAAGUCUGAAGAAGGAUCGCUUGAUCGCAAAUGACUUUAUACAAGUGCGCAAAGUGGCGGAGCACGUUUACGAUAAAGUGCUCGGUGCAGGGAGCGAUUCGGGCUCGGUAGCUGGUGGUGGAAAUACGGUCUCCAGCGGGUCUCCGGCAGGUGACAGAACGAACACGGACUCCAACGCUGAUAAUUCUUCGCUGGCCGAGGAAAAAGUCGAACUUCUAUGUAACGAUCAAGUCUUGGAUCCUUCAAUGGAUUUGAGAACAGUUAGGCAUUUCAUCUGGAAAAGUUCAGCAGAUUUAACACUUCAUUAUCGUCCUGUUAAAUAGUUAGGAUUAACUACAUUGCAUCGUGAGUCUUUACAGUGUGCCUGGUUUUAUACCAUGAAUAGUGGAAAAUACAUGGGCUACUUGCAGAAUAUGGUACCUUGUGCCACCUUCUCCCUAGGAAAUGAUCACCUGGAUUUAACGAAUGUAUCGUGUGAUGUCGAGGCAGGAACGAAAGAGAGCGAGGCAUAUUUGGAGUAUUAGUGGAUAUGUGAUUCGCAAAGUCCGAAGGCAAUAAUGUCUGGAAGUAUUAAUGUAAAUUGCUCACUUUUAUACACCUGCAUCCUGCGGCCAAAUUCACACAGAGAAGCAUUACUCUCGAUUAAUCUGCUUGAGGAUAGCAUGCUUUUUGUACCUGGAUAUAGAAUUUAAAGUGCUUGUUGUCAGCCAUUGAUCGUCUUCCCAUUUCCAAAGUAUCAAUAAGACCAUAUGGCACAAAUAUAACAAAAAAAAGAAGGGAUAGACCGCAUGGCCGAGAAAAUUGUUGGUUCCUUAGAUACCAUAUAAGUAUGGAUCGCCAGUAGGCUGUAUAUCCUAUAGCAAAAUCAGGCGAAAAGUGUUGCCAAGUAUAACGGUUUUUGGUCACUUAAAAUUCGCGCGAAAAUCAAAUUUGCUAUCUUUACGAAAUUCUAUCAUGUUAUUUUAUAUCUUCUUAUCUUUUAUUCUUAAUUUAUAUUUAUAAUUAAUCAAAAAUGCAUUUUAUAAUCGUUUUAUCGUUCUUGGUUAGUGAUGUCGCUCUUUUUGACAACCAACCUGAACAUAGCCACUGUUGGUCCAUACUUAUAUGGUCUAAGGUUGGUUCUGUUAGGUCUAAUGGAUCCAGGUGAUCCUCACAAAUGCUUCUCAAAUUUUUGUUAUUACUUCUAGUUUAGCUGUAUUCUCUUGUAAUCAGUAGGGAAUUCUCUUGUUUUAGUAUUGCAAUAAAAGUAUUGUGAAUAUUUAUUAAAAGAAUGAGAAAUUGUAUAAUGUUUUGUUACAUGCAUGCAUGCAAAAUGUGUACUCCACACCUGCCUUGUUACAUUAGAGAGCAAAGAAAAGAGAUACGUAUAUACAUACAUAUAUAUAUAUAUAUAUAUAUAUAUAUAUAUAUAUCUGAAAGAAAAUGAGAUGAAAGAUAUGUCAAUUUAUCACAUUAAUCAAAUUAUAUUUGAAUAGCCAAAUUAGAAGUUCAACGUUUCCUAUUGUCCAUAUAGGAAAUAAAAUAAUGUAUUUGUCUGCAGUAUAAUGAGAUCAAAUUCUGUCCAAAUCAAAUCUACGAAAUAUGAGAUACAUAUAACAUCAAUAAAAAGAAAAUUUUAUGUGUAAUAAGAGUAAUCCAACAAAAAAAUAUAAGUACCAUUAGUAAUAUAAAUAUCGUAGGGAAUGUGUGCAGUAUUUAACAGAAUUUGAUCUUGGGAGAAAUUUAUAAUAAAUAAGAAUUAUAUAGUCGUUUUUAUGUUAAUAUAUUCAAUUUUUUCUAGAAUAAAUAAAAACUGUAUAUAUAAACAUGACUCUGUGAAUAUUGUCCAUUAAUAAUAGUAGACCGUAUAAAUAAAAAUGUGACAAAUUUUAUUCUGCAAAACUAGCUCCCGCGAUCGAACGAGCAGAUAAUGCAUUUGCUAUUGUUGUAAGUUAUUAAAUUGCCAGGAAAGAAAUUUUACUGGUUUUUAUUAAUAUGGUCUGUGAGAUAUAUCAUUUGCAUUAUUAUAGAAGCGAAUCUUUUUACGAUUGUAAAUGUGUAUAAUUAUUUUAUGUGUAUUAUUUUAAAAUACUAAAUUAAUGUAUAUUAUAAUUUUUUUACCUAUUAUCUUGCUUGGGUUAAGCUUUGUAUUAAACCUUAAUUUGAUAAUGUGUUAGGAAUAUUAGAAAUAAUUUGCUAUUGCUAUUGUUUCCGUUUUCUACUCAUAUACUGUUAAGAUAUUACGAUACGAAAAGAUAUGAUAAAGAAAAUUUUCUUGACUCGAUAAGGAUAUGUGGCUAUAUACAUAGCAACGGAUGUAUUAUUCUAGUUAAGAUUAUUUGUUACAUUUACACGAGUUGUUUCGAAAGAAAUUGUGCAGUGAACUCUUAUAUUUUUUUAAAACGUUAUUAGACUUUAAAAUAAUUUCGAACCAAAUGUAAAUUAGAUUAUAAUGUGAAAAUAUAGUUAUCUUUGAAACAUCUC